AUGAACCAGCUCGUACUCUUCACACUUAUAUCUCUUUCGGUACUCGCGUCUGCAUGGGAUAGACCAAGCCAUUGGGGGAACCCAUGCUACUUGUGCAAAUGCUUCAUUGAAUAUACUGAUAGGGAUGUCGCUUCACAUAUUAGACCUUAUGCUAUGGCUGCUGAUGGUUAUGAUUCCACUGAAGAUCGCUGCUUAGCCACUUGUCAACGUGACCCCAGAUGUCACGCAGCUGUAUUUGGAAUGGUUGGAGGUAGACAAGUUUUCACUUGCGAAUUCUACGAAGAAAUUGAUGCCCACAACUCCCCCACAUACACCUCAUUCAUCAAUAUCUACUAUAAGAGAGCGACCUGCCCUCUCUCAAACAGUCAUCUUCCUUCCGUAUCUAUGAUUCCGGCCGAUGAUAGCUCUGUUAAGAGACGGAUUAAGAAAGAGAAGAAAAUGGGAAGAAAAAAUCCUUUCUUCGGGUGA